AGAGAGAGGGGGGCAGGAGGGAGCGAUAACCAGCAUAAUGGAAGCAUGAAAUAUCAAUCUGUGCCUGCCACAGGAUACACAGAGACAAACAGAGAAGUGCUCUACAUAGAUCCUAUAUUCUUUCCAUUCACUGUGGCAAACCAAGUGGGUCCGAGGGAAACUAUCAUCAGCCACUGUACUGGUGACCCCUCAGUCAAACCUGGUCAGAACUGUGCUGCCUUUGUGUCAAUAAUGGCAGGCAUCUGGUUUGCUCUGGCCCUGCUGUCCAUCAGUGAGGUCUCCUCCCUGAAGAUAUGCUCUUUUAACAUCCAGUCCUUCGGGGAGAGGAAGAUGGAGAAGACUGAGGUGGUAGAUGUGAUUCUAGAUAUCAUUGCUCGCUGUGACAUCAUGCUGAUCAUGGAAAUUAAAGACACCAGUGGGACUGCUUUCCCUCAGCUGAUGACACGCCUCAACAGUAGAUACAGGUCCAGGAAGGCAGAGUACAACUACAUCAUCAGUGAGAGGCUGGGACGGAAGUCUUACAAGGAGCAGUAUGCUUUCAUCUACAGGCAGAGGCUGGUGUCUGUCCAGUCAACGUACCAGUACCCUGACACCCAGGCUGGAGACGUGGACGCCUUCUCCAGGGAGCCCUUCGUUGUCUGGUUCUCUUCCCCCAAGACAGAAGUGAAAGACUUUGUGAUCAUCCCCAUCCACACCACCCCAGAUGCCGCCGUGAGAGAGAUAGAUGAACUCUAUGAUGUCUUCCAGGAUGUGGACCAGCGAUGGACUUCUGAGAACUACCUCAUCAUAGGGGACUUUAAUGCGGCGUGUGGUUACGUACCUCAGAGGGAGUGGGGCAACAUCCGCCUGAGGUCUAACAGCAGUUUCCUGUGGCUGACAGGCGACAACAUCGACACCACAGUGAAGGAGUCCACCAGCUGUGCCUAUGACAGGGUGGUGCUGCAUGGUGAGGAGAUGACCCGGGGGGUGGAGCCCACCUCUCUGGAGGUGUUUGACUUCAGACGAGAGUACCACCUCACAGAGCAACAGGCGUUGUUGGUGAGUGACCAUUUCCCAGUGUGCAUCACUGUGAAUGCAGCCCAGAGAAGAGGCAGAGGGGGCUGAUGGAGUGUCUGUGGAAGUGUGUCUGUGGGGGUGUUUCUACUGUAGUGUUUCUACUGUAGUGUUUCUACUGUAGUGUUUCUACUGUAGUAUUUCGCUUUGCUCCAGUGCUCUUUUUUGAGGCUUCAUUCAAUCCAACCUGUGCUGCAGUACCUGUGCAGUACCUGUGCAGAUCUAGUUCCUGCAGUCAAAUACAUUCACAGAGACGUUUGGAUGUAGUAAAAACAUCACUGUAAAUCCACCAGGUAAAAGUCCUGCUCACCCUUUCAGUUUGCCAAAUGGGGUGUGAAUCAAAGACAACAUAGACACAAUAUAUUUUUCUCAAAGAGUUGCUUUGAAGUGAGUAGACCCUGUCAUCCUUUCUGCGGUCGAACCACCAGGGCCACUGAGAGAACAGAGAGGAUAUGAUCGUGGUCUGAGGAAAGCUUGUUGUACACCACUGUCUCACCUGAAGCCUGCAGUCAUGUGACCCAGUAAGAGAAAGCAGUCCAGGUCAUUUAUAACCAGGAGAGAUGAAACACUGACUGACCUUGUUAAUUAUAAACCAGAAGAUUUCAGGUGUCUGUUUCCCUGUUGCUAGGAGACAGUCUGUAUGAGUCUCUGUUUUCUGUCUCAUGUUAGCUUGCAGCUUUAACCUGUCUUAUCAUGAUGAAUGCUGUAAUGCCACAACACAAAGCAUGUGGGAUCUUUGACUUUUCAAAAUGUACUAACCAUUCAGCCAAACAAUGCCUUGUAACAUUAUGAAAUCCAUUUAACGCAUGUCAUUGAAAUAAACAACUUUAUAAGACA